UUCAUUAACCGAGGGUCCCUGCCGAUAACAGCUCCCCUCGCAGCUUCGUGGGGCCAGAUAAGAACAAGCGGAUGGAGUCCGGGCCCGCGGGGCUGGCGGCAGUACUCCUAGCGGAGUCAGCGGGAUGACGAUGCGGGCGCGCUCCUCCCAGGCCGCUCCCUGCGCGCGCUAAAGCCCCAUGGUCUCCUCCAAGAUGGGCCCCGGGUCGCUGUGGGUGGCCCUGCCCGUGCUGUCGCUGCUGUCCUGCUCCGGGCAGGGAAAGCCUCUGCAGAGCUGGGGACGGGCCUCUGGCGCGGGGAACAGCCGCGCCUCGCAGGGGGAGCCCCGAGUGGGGCCGCCGCAGGGCGCGCUGGAUCUGCAGGUGUUCCUGGAGAACAUGAAGAUGGAUUUCCUGCGCAGCCUCAACCUGAGCGGGGUGCCCUCCCAGGACAGGACCAGGGCGGAGCCGCCGCAGUACAUGAUCGACCUGUACAACAGGUACACCUCGGACAAGUCCUCCACCCCCGCCUCCAACAUCGUGCGCAGCUUCAGCGUGGAAGACGCAGUCUCUGUGGCCCCCAUGGACGACUUCUCUUUCCAGAAGCACAUUCUGCUAUUCAAUAUCUCCAUCCCCAGGCACGAGCAGAUCACCCGGGCCGAGCUCCGGCUCUACGUCUCCUGUCAAAAUCACGCAGACGCCGCUCACGGGCCGGAAGGGAACCUGGUCAUUUAUGACGUCCUGGACGCCUGGGACGGCGCCUCGGGGACCAAGAGCUUCCUGGUGUCCCAGGACAUCCGGGACGAGGGCUGGGAGACCCUGGAAGUGUCCGGCGCCGUGAAGCGCUGGGUCAGGGCAGACGCCACCAAGAGCCAGAACAAGUUGGAGGUGACCGUGGAGAGCCACAGGAAGAGCUGUGACAAGCUGGACAUCAGCGUCCCCCCGGGCUCCAAGAACCUACCCUUCUUCGUCGUCUUCUCCAACGAUCGCAGCAACGGGACCAAGGAGACGCGGCUGGAGCUGAGAGAGAUGAUCAGCCACGAGCAGGACAGCGUGCUCAGCAAGCUGGCCAAGAACCGCGGCGGUCAGGAGGCCGCGGCCGAGUGGGAGGCGGCAGAUGGGCGCGCGGCCGUGGGGUCCUCUUUGGCCCGGCGGAAGCGGAGCGUGGGGGCCGGCAGCCACUGCCAGAAGACCUCCCUGCGGGUGAACUUCGAGGACAUCGGCUGGGACAGCUGGAUCAUCGCGCCCAAGGAGUACGACGCCUUCGAGUGCCAAGGGGGCUGUUUCUUCCCCCUGGCCGACGACGUGACGCCCACCAAACACGCCAUCGUGCAGACCCUGGUGCAUCUCAAGUUCCCCACCAAGGUGGGCAAGGCCUGCUGUGUGCCCACCAAACUGAGCCCCAUCUCCAUCCUCUACAAGGACGACAUGGGGGUGCCCACCCUCAAGUACCACUACGAGGGGAUGAGCGUGGCUGAGUGUGGCUGCAGGUAGUACCUGCCGGUGGGGCUGGGGGAGCUGCGCGGUGGGGGGCGGGGCUCUGGGGGUGGGGACUUGGGGUGGGGCUCCAGGGGCUGAGCUCCAGGGGAAGGCGGGCCCUGAGCCCACCUGCCCACAGUGGGAGGAGGAAAGUGCGCCUGCGUCCCCUCUAACGCCCCGCCCAAAGUGCACGCCUGCCCCCCCCCCCCCCCCCCCGCUGCAGAUGAUGCGGGGUGGGGGUGGGAGGCGGAGCAUGAAUGCCCAGCAGGUUGUUGGAUUGGGAGCAGAGAGGCCGAGAGAAAAAGGAAAAUCUAGAGUGAGCAGAAAUGGGCGAGAGGCGAUGGCGGGAAGGGGCGGGGAGGGUGCCAGGGUUUAUGGGAAUUACAGGGGCGGGGGAGCACAGGGCGUGUUCCCCACAGCAGGGGAAUUGAACAGGCCCCACACCCAUCGUGUCAUGUCACCUCCCACAACCUGCCAUGGCGGACAUGAUGACCCCAAAUCCACAGACGCAGAAACCCAACCCCGGGCAGGAUUCUCACGCGGGCCCUGGGGUGCUUGGCAGGUCACUCUGUAGCCAACAAGCAGUUAGAUCCUGGGAGACAGGAGCGUGGAGGCCAGGCUGGGCUGUGUGCUGUUGGAUACACAGCAGUGUAACCAAGCCGCCUUUUACCGUGGGAGUCCAGGCUGUCCUGUGGCCACAUGCUUGUUAAUAUCACCCCUGAGUCACUGACAAACUGCCCCAGCAGCAGCUGCAGGAGAGGAGAGAGAGCGAGCAAGUGGACUGGACAGCAGCCUUGUCCUGGGUACCCUGGCUAAGCUUCUCUGCCCGCUAGUGCUGCGCCCCUAUGGUCAGCCGUCCCCCCUAUGGCCACAAGCUGUCCGCUGGGCUCACGCUCUGUGACAUUCUGUGAGGGGUGGGCACAUUUGGUAUGGCCAGCAGCUCUGCAGUUCUGCGGGCAGCACCACCUGCGCUGGUGGCUCCCGGGGCACUGGGGCAUGGACUCAGGCCUGAGAUCUGAGAGUGUUGGAAUUAAAAGUGCUCUGCUUUGGCAUCGGAAGCGUCCCUCUGUUGCCUCUUUGUACUUCCGUGAUUGAUGUCCAGCCCACCUAGGGGGAGGGCUCCUGGUACCCGAGAACCCCAGUCCUGUCUCCAGCCACCGGCUCUGCCCACACUUGCCUGCUUUCCUGGGGACCAUGUGUCUGUCUGGCUAUCAGGCUCUGGAGGUAGGGGGAGGGGGAGGGGGACAGAGGCUGCACCACCCCCAUCUGACUCGCCUCCGCCUCCCCUGUCUGAUUCAGCUGGAGGAGCCUGGAAAUGCCGGGCAGGGCCCAGGGAGGGCCACUCCCACUGGUGGACGCUCCUGUGUGUUUCAUAAAGUGGUGUGUGAAGUGUUUACAUGAAAGCCACCACCACCUGUAACACUAGGACACAAUGAACUCUCACUGUUUAGUUCCUGGGGUUGUGGAAGAUGGGAAAUCCCGGGCCAGGCAGGCGGUGGGUGGGGGUGGCUGCACUGCUCCCAGAAGGUGACUGAAGCCCCCUCCCAGUCCUGGCACUGUGUUGCUGCACCUGCAUGACCGUAUCGCUCAAAAAUAAAGUCAAAUGUCUGAGUUGCGUCUCUCCUGAGCAGGUGGCUCCCCGUGCAUCUGCUCGCCCACCCUGCCUUGUCACUGUCUGCAGGGGGCUGAAGGGGAGGGCCAGAGUAGGCGGAGUCUGUGUAGGCGUGUCCACGCAUGGCUGGUGCCUGCACAUGCAGGUGUGUGUGCAGGUGUGGGUGUGUCAGUGGAUGACAGCUGUCUGCUUCCCUGUCCCCCCCACUUUGGGGCAGGGGGGCCUCGGGUCAUCCCCACCCAAUGUCCAAGGACCCAUCCCACUCUGCCAGCAUCUUUCCCAUGAUGCCCAGCUCCAUCCCACACCUCUGGCCAGGCCACGCCCCAUUCUGCACCCUAGGCUUGCCCACUCCCAGUCUCAGCACAAGUCCCACCUUCCCUGCUGGAGGGCCCAGAGCCAGUGCCAUCCCCCAACCCCUCUGCAUACCCCCUGAGUCUGACGAGGCCUCUGGGGCUUUGGCUCAGUUGUCACAGGCCUGGUAUGGGCAGGUGCCGUUGAGUCCUCUGGGGACAAAGCUGUGAGCCCUUCGCCUUGGUCACGACCAGAAGAUGGGCAUGGACUGUGGCUCAGUACAAAGUGAUGUGAACCCAGGCAGGGGCCAAUUGCAAGGCAUUUAGGAAGGGAACCAGCAGAUGGGAGUGUGUGCUCUCUUAAAUUUCUUUUUAUGUAAAAAAGCCAGCAGGUACAGCACAGGAACAGUUAGACGAAGUGCAUUCUGGGAUACGCUUCGAGGUAGUUCAUAAAAGGACCAGAAACACACACAGCAAACAGCAGGAAGGCAGGAAUGUUAUAGUGGCAUUUUGCUUUACAAUGGUCUCUUUCUUUCAUAAAAAAAAUACACAGGAGCAAGAAUGGAAGGCGAAUAAACCAGUGCUGCGA